AAGAACUUAAAGCCCCCCCAGGAGGAUGGAGAACCUGUCAGGGAAGGACAAGGAGCUGAUCCGGAGCAGUUGGGAGAGCCUGGGCAAGAAUAAAGUUCCUCAUGGUGUCAUCAUGUUCUCCAGGCUUUUUGAGCUAGACCCAGCUCUUUUCAAUCUUUUUCACUACAACACAAACUGUGGCAACACACAAGACUGCCUCUCAAGCCCAGAGUUCCUGGAGCAUGUCACCAAGGUGAUGCUCGUGAUCGAUGCCGCUGUCAGCCAUCUCGACGAUCUUCACUCCCUGGGGGAUUUUCUUCUCAACCUCGGGAGGAAGCAUCAGGCUGUGGGGGUCAAACCACAGUCGUUUACUGUGGUAGGGGAGUCGCUCCUCUACAUGCUUCAGUGUAAUCUGGGCCAGGCCUACACGGCGGCCAUGCGUCAAGCCUGGCUCAACAUGUACAGCAUCGUGGUGGCCGCUAUGAGCCAAGGAUGGGCCGGGAACGGCGAGGACAAGGCAGACUGAGGUGCCGGCGCGUGAGCCGCUGAGCUGUUGCUGUCCUCUCACUCAUUGUGGUUGCCAUGGAACGAGGUUGUGUAACUUGCAGCAUUGUGGCUUUUUUUUUUUUUUUUUUGCUGCUGUACAUUUGUGGGGAGUGCCAAGCGUAGACGAAUGAAUAUACGGCGUGGCUACUGGCAACACUCCUCCGAUCACAAGCAAAGACGAAGCAUGAAGGUUAACUUGUAUAUAAUGCCUUUUAGUUUGUCUUCUGACCGUAGUAAAACGUGUCGUAUGUAACAGCGUCGCCCGGCGAUGAAUAUUUUACGCUCGCGCUACUCAAAAUGGGCAGCUCUGGGUCAAACGGUGACCAAAACAAAAUGUAAUCACUUUUUGUUUUGUGUAUCUUAUCCAAUGUUAAAUGUAUUUAUGAAAGGCUAAGCUUUUUUUUUUUCUUCAAUAGGCCGCACUAUCAACAGCUACUGACAAGAACUGUUAUACACUGAUAGCUUUCUACUGUAAUCUCCGACUGUUGCGGUGUCCUCGUGCACCUUACUGUACACGGUAAGUGAGACCGUGAGCAAGUAUCUCAAUAGUUUUCAUCUGACUGUUAAUAAAUAAGACUGUUAUGUUCAGGAAAAGGGUAUAUUUUAGGAUUUUCUUUGUGCUCAAAUUCGGUGUUAAUCACUGUCGUUUCAAUGUUGUUGUGGCAAUAAAUCUUGGAAUGGGGAUGUGAAGGCGAACCAUUAAAUAAUUGAUGGUAAACGUUUGUAACUAAAAUGACCUAAUAUGUUGCUAAGGGUUAGUUUGUACGCAUCAUGUAUGUGUAUACUGGUCAACAGCAAAUUUUAAUCAGAGAUAUGUCUAUAAACAUAUUUGUGAUAUUGAUGUUUUUCUUUUGGCACAUUGGGUUUCUGAGAUUUCUCAUUUUUGGUUAUCUGGUAGUUUAACUUCUAAAGGUUCGCACGAUACGGAUUUUACUCUACUUUGUAAUUUAUAUCUUUAAUGCUUGAGAAAGUAAUUCCACCUGUUGCUGAACCUUAACUCGUAAAUAUUACCAAAUAUAUUCCUAAAUUACAUAAUGUUAUCGUUAUUAUUCUGAAAACCUGAUGUUGCAGAAAGAGAAAAAACAAAGGCAGAAUCGGAGUCAGUGCAAAAAAAUAUCUCGACAAGUUUACUUGCAUCUCUGAUUUAAAAAAAAAAAUGUAAAAAUGUGUUGACCAGUGUUUUUAGCAUAAUUGUUCUGAAUUACUUUCAAUGCCAAGUAUUUUAACAACAGUGUGCUAACACCAUACAACUGUAAAUCCAAGUUGCUGAUAUGUGGUUAUUAACGCUUUAUCCUGAGUUUACAUUAAAAAAGUUUAUUUUUAUAUUCUGAAAUAUAGAUGUAUAUGACCUAGAGCCAUUGUUUUACAGUCGCUAUAGUACUUUGUGUGGAUUUACAGGAAGUUCAAUCUACAAAAUAAAUGUUCUAUGAAUAUA